GAAUUUAUUUGCAAAGGACAAUCACAAUGCGGCCUGUCCAACUAGAGAGAUCACGGCUUUGCGACGCAUGCACUCACGCAUGCUCAAUGUCCAUUAUCGGAUGUACACCUUAUACCUGUCAAAUCCACAGAUCCCAAUUCAGCAGCAAAGAAUACAAUUCCUAUACAAGAAGCUGGGAUAUUAUGAACGACGUAUCGCGCUGGGCAAAGUGGUCAAAGACAAAGCGAGACUUUGUUGCAGAAACGAGUACAUCAGGGUGCCAUCUCUGCAUAAUAAUCGCACAUGGUUUUGAUGAUAAGUCAAAGGACAUGUUUCAAGGCAUGGGCAGUGAUGAAUCUGUACGGCUUUGCUUCAAGUAUCGCACUGUGGAACGAGAUCCAAACGGGAACUUGGAUUGGGCUGAGAGGACAGGCAUGGCGAUUAAUGAUAUUGCGCUGGGGGGUCAUCUUCCUGAUGAGUUCUGGUUGGCGAUCAGGCCAGAAAAAGGGUCAGUGCUGGACGAGGUCUCGAUCGACCUACGCAUACGACCACUUCAAGAAACAGACACGAGCCAUGUAGUGAAAACUAUCCCUGGCAAGCAUGCCUCGACGAUGAACGACCAGAACUUGCAGCUCGCAUUGAAAUGGAUCAAAGGCUGCACUCGUUCACAUCCCACAUGCAAAAAAUUCCAACCUCGACUGUCUGGUUGGCGUCCAACAAGACUUAUCCACGUUGGGUCAAAGUCUGACCAACCUCGACUUGUCAUUUCACCAAAAGCAGUGCCUUACAUUGCGCUGAGCUACUGCUGGGGGACUGAAAACACUAUCACGCUCACUGAAGCAACAAUUGAUUUGUUCCGGAAAGAAAUCCCUCUGGCGAGCCUACCAACUACUAUCCGAGAUACAAUCGCUACCACAAGAGAUCUCGGCUAUGAAUAUUUAUGGGUAGAUGCGCUUUGCAUUAUUCAAGAUUCCAAGCAUGACUGGAUCAUGGAGUCCUCGCGAAUGGGCAGCAUCUACGGCUCAGCAUCACUUACCCUCGCUGCAGCUGGCAACUCAAGUGUUAAAGACUCAAUGUACUGCCGUAGAGAUCCUCGCGCAGUGAGACCAUGUGUGGCAAACAUAAUCCCGAAUGCUACUUAUCACGGCGUGAGUUACCCAUGGGCUAUAUAUCCGCACCAACCCGAGAGACUACUAUCCGACACCAUCAAUGAAAGUCCUUUAAGCCGUCGAGCGUGGGCAUUGCAGGAGCUUUUGAUAUCACCGAGGACCUUGGUAUUUGGAUCUAAACAAAUGGUCUGGUCCUGCGCAACGACAGAAGCAAGUGAGACGUUUCCAAUUGGCCUGGACCCCAAGUUCAGCACCGUAUUGAACUACACUACAGGCUUGUCAUAUCUCCGCCAAAAACUAAUAAAAGCAUCGAAUUUGGAGGAAGAACCGUCGGAAUUUUGGAAUGAAUUUAUUAGCAGAUAUACCAAGGCUCGCUUGACUUUUAGUUCCGAUAUCCUAGUUGCACUGCAAGGCAUCGUCGAAAGGAUCAUUGAAGCAAGACGUGGAUCGAACAGAAAUGCGCUGGAGUCAGAAUAUGUCACUGGUCUCUGGCGUGAUGCGAAUUUCCAGCAAAGCCUCUUGUGGCGUCCCAAGGCCGGAUCAUCAGCUCGUCGCCCAGAGUGCUAUCGAGCUCCUUCAUGGAGCUGGGCAGCGUUGGACGGCGAGAUCGAUUUCUUUGAGCAGUACAUACCGUGGAUUUGGAAUGGAAACAAAGUUGAGCUUGCGAAAGUCUUGGAUGUUAGCAUUGAGCCUCAGACUUCUUACUCAGUUUCAACUAUUGGUCAGAUCAAAUCUGGCUUUAUUGAGAUGGAAUGCCAUUUACGGGAAUGCUACUUGAUGAGAACAUCCGAAGCCAAAGAUACAUCCACGAACCAAGAGGAUUACACAUACCUUAUCAUCUCCUCUGAAGAGUUUACCACGAUAUCUAGAGACUCUUGCGUUAAAGAGCCCACGGAAGGAAGCCAACAGGUACACAAAUUCGCCAAUUCCUGCACUAUAGAUAUACCAGAUGAGAUACCAUGUUCUCAAUGGAUUCAGGUUUAUUGCGUUCCUCUGCAGCUGGGAUGGUGUCAAACCGAUCGCUAUGAGCAGGCCGUCUGGGAGAGCUACGAAGGCUUAGUUCUUGUCCCCAGUGACGCAGGCGAAGAGCCAAAUAGUGACCUAUUGACAUCUGAAGGUUUUUGUGUUCUGUCUCGAGCCUUCCGACGAAUUGGCACUUUUACAUUUGAUCUUCAUGAUGAUAACCGAGAAGCCCGAGAAGAUGAACUUUUGGGACCGCUGAGGUUUGAUGAGGAGGGUAAUUGGGAGAGGAAGAGGGAGAUGGCUUGUAUUAUUUGA